AUGAAGGCCACAGAGAACCUGGAUAAGACUACUGCCGUACUGAACCCCAACAGGACCCCCAAGGGCAGGUACAUUUAUCUGGAAGCGUUCCUGCAGGGAGGAGCUCCCUGGGGCUUUACUUUGAAAGGUGGCCUGGAGCACGGAGAACCAUUAAUCAUCUCUAAGAUCGAAGAAGGGGGCAAAGCUGACUCGGUGAGCUCCAAGCUGCGGGCUGGGGACGAGGUGGUGCACAUCAACGAGGUUGUGUUGAGCAGCUCCAGGAGGGAGGCCGUUUCCCUGGUGAAAGGAUCCUACAAGACCCUCAGGCUGCUCGUACGCAGGGCGGGAGCGCACGCGGGACCUGGCCGCCGCCGUAGAAACCGGUUCUCAGGUUCUGGCCGCGUGUACUUCCCCUUACGACAGGGGGCCUGCUGCUGUCAGGCAGGCUGGCUGGCGAUUGGUUGGGAGGAGGGUAGUAAUCUGAACUGCCUUUUGUACUUGCCUAAUCAGGGCAGCCGUUUGAUUGCAGGUUCCGAGCAGAGGUGCCUCGGUGGUGUCAAACACCUGUGUCUUAGCUCUGGCCUUCCUGGGGCUGGUGCCCGUGGCUUCUUUCUGUGCCAGAAUCGUGCCUCUAGGUCACCUUCCCCCAAGCCACUGAGCCCCCUUGGCAGGCCAGCAUGGCCCAGUGUCAUGCUGGACAGAGGUGUUCAACAGAUAACUGAGGACAACGGACCUGCCGGCCUAGACGUCCUUAAGAGAUGCGUGUGCAGACCCAGGCCCUGCAGGUACCAGUACCUCUGACUCCCUCAGCCCAGAGCCCCUCACCUCGGACCCCCAGCACAGGA